AAACUGCAACACAAGCAGAACAAACGACUAUCAGGAAACUUUGGAGUGCAGAACACUGUAUAUUAUGUGCAGGUUACAAUGUGUGCGAAAAAUAAUCUGGAUUGCUAAACAACUGGUAAGGUGGAACAACUAAUGGGAACAAAAUAUGCCGAGUGCAUCUUUAAUAACACAAUCGAAAUGAAAGCGGGGCAGUUAGAUUGUAAAAGGGGAAAGCAAUAAAAAUGAGUUAAUAAGUGAUUAGUGAAUUAUUAGCUAAAUCGGCGAAUACUGGAUGGGUUUUAUUUUGCUUGUUUGUUUAGUCUGAAGGGAUAGAUUGUUUCGUUGUUUACAUAGGCGUGAAAACUAAUGUUAAUUAGAUGCCGAACUUUGCGCAUUCUUCAGCAUUUUAAUUCUACCAACACAAGGCUAAAUGCAAAGAUGCUGCUGUGUUUCUGUUGAUUUUUUCUUUCUCUGUUUCUGUUUGGGACUUUUCUCAUCACAUGUGCCGCUUUCUGCGAGCGUCUCUGAUUCAUGGAUAAGUGCCUCAUGGGUGCUAUUUUCCUAUCAAACAGUAUUGCCAUUGGUCAGCCGAUGAUCAGAUGGUUAUAUUUCCUGCUGUCCUUUCUGGCACUUGGCCAUCCCGAAUCAAACCCAUCUCGCUAACUGCUAAUAGCACAGGCACUUGGACUAAUACACAACAAAUCAUAACACAGCCCAAGCCAACAAAUGAGUUCGUAUUUCGUGAACUCCACUUUCCCGGUGACUCUUGCCAGUGGUCAGGAGCCUUUCCUCGGGCAGAUUCCGUUAUAUUCCUCCGGUUACGACCCUUUAAGACACUACCCGGCCACAUAUGGGGCUACAAGCAUGCAAGAUAAAAGCUACCCAGCACCCUCUUACUAUCAGCAAGCCAACGGGGCUUAUGGGUGCAACCGGACACCAUGCGAUUAUGGUGUCCCCAGUUUUUAUCGGGAUAAAGACCCUUCCAGCGGCGCAUCAGCCACCAGCUCCAAAUACCACUCACUGGAAGACCCAACGCAUUUUAGCCCAGAACACCGCAAAUCCGAUUGCGUCCAAAACAGAAUUUUAUAUGGAGAAGUGGAAGAUCAGAAGAGUUCUCUCCCCGUAUAUCCCUGGAUGCAAAGAAUGAACUCCAGCGGUGCCUCGGCGUUUAACCCAAACGGACGGCGCGGGCGGCAGACCUACACUAGAUAUCAAACUCUGGAACUGGAGAAAGAGUUCCAUUUUAACCGCUACUUGACCAGGAGGCGCCGGAUAGAGAUCGCACACGCCCUUUGCCUUACAGAACGCCAGAUCAAAAUAUGGUUUCAAAACAGGCGCAUGAAGUGGAAAAAGGAGAACAAAUUACUCGGCAACUCGCAACUAAGCGGAGAAGAGACAGAAGAAAAAUCCACAGAAUGAAAACCGCACACACAAGGAG